AAAUGACGUAACGUAACCGAAGCUUCUUCCCCCGAAACGAACACUCACACUCAUACUCUCUCUUCAUCCCAUACUGCUUCGGAAUUUUCACUCCCUGCACUCACUUUAACCUACACUUCUGAUUUCGAUUUGGGUUUUUGAUUUGGUUCCGGUCAUCAAAUCCGACGUUCCCCAUUCCCAACAGCGAUGUCUUUCCCAAGAAAGACGGGAUCACCCAAUCCAAUGUCGAUCAAAGCGAAUGACGUUGAUCUCUUUCAUUCCGCUUCAAACAUAGCCUUAAUGCAGCUGUUGGAGCAGAUAGAUAUACUAUUCGAUACAUACGCAAAUGAAAUGACAAACUUGAUCGAGGCAUCGGGCAUAGAGGAACUUUGUUCAGAUUUAAAGGUGGGUGCGGAUGAUGUGAGAAUGCUGAUGCUUGCAUGGAAAAUGAAAGCGAAAAAGCAGGGAUUUAUAACUCAGGAUGAGUGGCGGAGGGGCCUGAAAGCUCUGGAAGCUAACUCCCUGGAGAAGUUACAGAGAGCACUCCCAGCGUUGGAGAGAGAGGUAAUGAGGCCUUCGAAUUUCAAGGAUUUCUAUGCUUUUGCGUUCCGGUACAGCCUCACAGAAGAGCGGCAGAAGACGCUGGACAUUGGCAGCAUCUGUCUAUUGCUGAAGAUAGUUCUAGGUUCCCAGUUCCGCCCUCAGGUGGAUUCCUUCACCCAGUAUCUACAGAUGCAAAAAGAAUACAAGGUACUGACAUUUGAUCAAUGGAUGGGGUUUUAUCAAUUCUGCAAUGAGAUAAGCUUUCCGGACCUUAACAACUAUGAUGAUCAGCUUGCUUGGCCGUUGGUCCUAGACUCUUUCGUGGAAUGGAUCAGACAAAAGAACAACUAGAUGGAUACGCCUUAAACUUCGCACUACCAUGUUGCUCCAUCUUAAUUUGUAUCGUUUCAUGCAUUUUGAGACCUAAAAUAUGAACAACCUAUGAUAAUUAAUAAAACUUCAACUACUAUUCAUGA